AUGCUUCGCCAAUCCCUCCUCCGAAGAUGUACACCCAUACGUCGGGUGUGCGGUGCCUCGGUCUCAGCCCCGGCCGUCUCUAAAUUCCAAUCCCGAGCCGUUGGCCUCAUCCCGACUCCCCGGGUCACAGUUCGACCUGCCUUCUAUAAUGCCUUCCACCACUCUCGUCUCCUUCACCAGGGAACUGCGACAGCCGCAGAGACCGAGGCAACCGAUGCGGAGCCUGCUAAGGACCAGACAAUGCGUUUCGAGGAUGCCAUCGACGCUGGUAUUCAUCCCAAUUUGAUCCGCGCCGUCCGACAAGAUAUGGGAUAUGAGUACAUGACCGAGGUGCAAGACAAGACCGUGCGCGCAGCUCUCCGCGGACUCGAUCUGGUUGCCCAAGCAAAGACCGGCACGGGAAAGACUAUCGCGUUCCUUCUCCCAAUGCUCCAACGCAUGAUUGACGAGGACUCUAGCCUUGCGACCAGGCACAUGACAAAGAGGGCGAAGCCGGAUGACAUCCGUGGUAUUGUGAUAUCGCCUACCCGUGAGCUUGCAGAGCAGAUUGGAAAGGAAGCCAUGGAGUUAACCCGUCACACCGGGCUCGUGGUCCAGGUUGCUGUUGGUGGCCAACAUAAGGGAUCCAUGCUUCGGGAUAUCCAGCGUCGAGGAUGCCAUCUUCUGAUCGCCACUCCGGGUCGUCUAAAGGACAUCCUGGAGGAUCCCAGCAGCCGCGUUGAGGCUCCUAAUUUGGCUGCGCUUGUUCUUGAUGAAGCCGAUAGGAUGCUUGACGUCGGAUUUGCCGACGCUCUGGAGGAUAUCCAGAGACUGCUUCCUGAUGUCAAGGAAAAGCCACGACAGACUAUGCUUUUCUCCGCGACAAUUCCCCGCAAUGUCAUCGGCCUAGCGAGAUCCAUGGUCCGACAGGAUCAAUUCGACUUUGUGCAGACUAUUCGACAUGACGAGGCGCCCACACACGAGAAGAUUCCCCAAAAGAUUGUCAUUCUGCCUUCGCAGGUCAACCUCUUCCCCGCACUCUACGAGCUUCUCGACCGCGAGGUCGCAAAGUCAAAGGAGACAGGGCAGCCGUUCAAGGCCAUAAUUUACUACUCAACCACUACCAUGGUGGAACUUGCCCAUAAAGUUCAUGCCACGAUGCGAAGGUCACGGCCUAAUGAUAUUAAGUAUCCCUUCACCUACUUCAUCCACGGUCAGCUCAGCCAGAGAAACCGGACUCACGCUGCGGAUUCCUUCCGCCGCGCCCAGUCUGCCAUCCUCAUCUCCUCCGACGUCACUGCCCGCGGUAUGGACUUCCCCAACGUAACCCACGUUAUCCAGGUUGGCCGCCCGGUCAGCCGCGAACAAUACAUUCACCGUCUUGGACGUACGGGGCGACAGGGCAAGGAUGGCGAGGGCUGGCUCCUCAUCCCCGCGCAUGAGGCGGAAGACACGAGGCGCUCCCUCGGCGACCUCGACCUCGUCCGUGACACCUCGUUGGAGAGUUCUCAGACCCUUAUUGAAUCCGAGGAAGCCGGAAUGCCGCAAAUCUUUGAGGAUGUGCGUUCGGCAUUCGAGCACGUUGAUGAACAAACCCUCACCGAUGCCUACACAUCGAAAUUCGGACACAUGCCGCGCUGCGAUGCGCAGGAUUUCGUGGACGAUACCAAUAAAUGGAUCAAGCUCAUCUGGGGCUGGCCCGAGCCUCCUAGGGUCUCGCAGCAAUGGGUAAUAAAGAGGGGUCUCCGUAACGUCCAAGGCUUCAACGUCGGGCCCCAAAAUCACUCGCCCGGGAACAUGAGGCGUCCCCCGGUCAACUCGAGGCGCACCUUCGAGAAUAGGUUUGAGAGGGUGAUGCAUGAGAACCGCCAUACUGACUCCACCGGCCAUAGUGGUCAUCAACACAGGCGAAGGCCUAGGUGGUGA